AUGUACUGCAGGAUCAAUCCGACGGUUCCUGUCCUGGACCGUUAUUUUAAUGGCCAGGACAUCAAAACGGAUUUCCGAUUGGGCAGGGAGGCCCUGGCAGUGCUGCUGGACCUUCUCGGCCAGGAGAAGGUCCAGCACCAUGGAUGGGGUGCCACCUUUGAGACCCUGGUGUUUCUAUUCUGGCUGGCUAUUGCUGUAACAAGUAAAUGUCCUGUGUGGGAUAAUAAAGUUGAUCUUAUCCUAUCCUAUCUUAAGGUCAUCCACCUCCCGAAGACCCCUGAAGACCUGGUGGCAGUGACCAAUGGGUUUGCAGGGCUGGCAAGACACCGCGCUUUUGGGAAAGCAGCGGGAGCAAUCGACGGCUGCCAUGUCCGUAUCAAGCCACCGAGCGGCCCUGAUGGUCACUGCUACAGGAACGGGAAACUGUUUUCCUCCAUAAUUCUGCAGGCUGUUUGUGACCAUCAGGGCCGCUUCCUUGAUACGUACGUGGGCUGGCCUGGGUCAGUCCAUGACUCCAGAGUCCUCCGCCACAGCCCACUGUAUAGGUCACUCUACCCUCCUCCAGGGCACUUCAUCCUUGCAGACGGCGGGUACCCUUGCCUCCAACACCCACUACCCCUCAUCACUCCCUACAAGAGGCCAGUGCGAGGUGUGGGAGCCCAGCGCUUCAACUGGCAUCAUUCCAGGGCACGCUCCAUUAUAGAGCGUGCUUUUGGAAUGAUGAAGACCAGGUUCAGGGCCAUCUUCCUGCAAGCGCUGGAGGUGCACCACACCUUCGUACCUCACGUCAUAACAGCAUGUGCCAUCCUCCACAACAUCUGCCUUGGGGCCGAUGACAUCAUGGCCCCAGAGGAGGAGCCUGAGGACGAUGUAGAGGAGGAUGAGGGGGGCGAUGGUUUGGAGGCAGUCAGUUGUGCUCCCUGGCGGGACCAGCUGUCUGCAGAGGUGUCUGCCCUGGAGGAGGCCCCCCCUGACCACCAAUAUAUACAGGCAAGUAAUAUAAUUGAAAAGCUAUUUCUAUUUAUUUAAAAUGUUUUGUAGAAUAGUUUUACCCGUUCAAAUAAUUUGUGGCAAGAUUUCUUUUGUCAAAAUAAGGUUGUGUAGUAUUUAGUAUGCACUCUUAUUCUUGCCCUUUUCCAAAUAUAUUUUAGUGACAUGGCAGCCGUCGAUUGAGUCAGCCCUGCAAACCCAUUCGGUGCGGUGGACAGUGGAGAGAGGCAUAUCCAGCACACUCUGGAGACCACCCCUGGAUGUCCCACUGACAGGAGAGACACCAGAGUCUUUAAUGUGGCAGCCCAUCCGGGUCCAGCAGCACCACCAGGGGCUCCCUGCUCUGCUGAAUCAUUAUGUUUUUGUAUAUAGUAGUUUUCCAAGUAUAUAGUAUAUAUAUAUAUAAGUUUAUAUAGUAGUUUUAUAAUAAUUGUUGUAAAUAGUCACAUGAAUGUUUUGUUGUAAAUAGUUUUAUUGUUUUAUACAUGUUUUAUAAGUUUUAUACAAAUAAAUUAGUUAAUAAUAAAUAUUUAAUAAAAAAGUUAGUUAAUAAAUAGUUAAAUAAGUUAAAUAAUAAAUAGUAAAAUAAGUUAAAUAAUAAUAAUAAACAAUGUUAACAGAA